ACCAUUGCAACUACCCCUCAUUGAGACCUCCAUAAAUACCCCUCAUGAUCCUGCUCUGCCUUCUCAAUACUCCUCUCUCCUUCUUGUUUUCGUAUCAACAUCAAAAAUGUCUGUAGCAAUCGUCACCGGCGGCUCCUCCGGCAUGGGCCUUGCGCUCGUCAAGAACCUCCUCGCCCGCAAAUACGCGCACGUCGUGAUCGCGGACCUCGCGCCCCCGACCGAAGACAGCGUCGCAUCUCUGCUCGACUCAACCGUAUCGUUCUUCAAGACCGACGUGACGUCGUGGGACAACCAGUCCGCGCUGUUCAAGUCCACGUUUGAGAAAUUCGGACACAUCGACGUCGUCGCGCUGAACGCGGGCAUCGCGGAGACAGACAGCAUCUUUGCGGAAGACAACGACGGGCCCGUGCCGCUUAAUCUCAAGACAGUCACUGUCGAUCUCGAUGCGCAGAUUAUGGGGUUCCGGCUCGCGCUGUGGUAUAUGAGGCGCAAUCCUGGCGAGGCCGGCGGGAAGAUUAUAUUCACUGCUUCUAGCGCUGGGUUUUACUCGUUCCCUGCCAGUCCGAUUUACUGCGCAGCAAAGCAUGGAGUCGUCGGUUUUGCUCGCUCGGUUGCCCCCAUCGCCAAAAAGGACAACAUCCUCGUCAACGCCGUGUGCCCUGGUCUCGUGCGCACGCCAAUUGUCGACGCCAAUGUGACUGCAGCCUUUCCAAACGAGCACUGGACGCCUGUGCCGACGAUCAUGCGCGGGUUUGACUUAUUCCUGGACACGGAUCGAUACGGCGAGAUGGCGGAGUGCAGCGGCGAUCAGGUCGUGGACAGGAAGGAUAACGAGUAUCUGGACGAGCAUAUGGAGUUUCUGUUUGGCAAGAGCUAUGAUCUGUUUCUCAACGCCUCCAAGAAGAGUCAGGGAAAGUAGUGGUUGUCGUAGGAUUUAGCUGUAAUGAUAUCGUGAUCUCACCCGAGCAGCUAACUGCCCGAAGUAAACAGUAGAUAGCAACAGGUUGUCAGGCCUGCAUAAAUAGUCCGCCCAUUACAGGUUC